GGAAGUCGCCCUCUCCUCCUCCCACUCGGACAAUGGGCUCCCGAGCGGCUUGAGCAGCAGCCCAGGCUCCGCUUUCAUCCUGGAUGAGCGAGUGCAGCUAACCGUGGGCCUGCAGACUCAGGAGAGACACCUGAUCCUGUUCAGCGAUGCGCUCAUCGUCGCCAAGUCCAAAUCCUCCUCCAGCUUGAAGCUGAAAAAGCAGGUGCGCCUGAGUGAAGUAUGGACCAGCCCCUGCCUCAGCGAAGUGACAGAGAAAAAGAUGAGUCCCGAGAAUUCGUUUGUCAUCGGCUGGCCUACCACCAAUUAUGUUGUCACCUUCAGCUCAGCCAACGUGAAGGAGCAGUGGCUCUCCACAUUACUCUGGCAUAUCAGUGAGACAAAACAGAAUGAAGACCUGAAGACUCUGGCCCUUCAGAUCCUUGUGCUGGAUGCUGAUAGCUGCUCCUCUACUAUCACAGUCAACGUGUCCAACAUGGAAACUGUAGACAGUGUGAUCAAGAAGACACUGGAGCAGCUUGGACUUCCUGGUAGAACAAGUGAUCACCACCUCUGGGUGAUCUCCGGAAAAGACGACUCUGCUUACCCUCUCAUUGGGCACGAGCAUCCUUUCAGCAUCGCAUUGAACUGUCUCCGAAACUCUGCCAACCAGCAACAAGGAACGGACAAUAACAUCUUGCUGGCUGAUGGGACAGAGGCUUCCCUCUUCGAUCAGCUCCCGAAGGAAAAACAGUGCCAGUUUGUCCUGAAACCCAGGCUCCAAGCUUCCAUGCAGCUGAGGAGAGAGUCAUUGCAGAAACACACCAAAAGAAAGAAGUCCUUGAUUGACUGGGCCCUGCGCCGCAGUACCAGCACACCCACAGGCAGCCCUCCUUCCCAGUCACCCACCACCCCACGGAAACUCUUCGGCCUGUCUCUUUCCUCUGUCUGUCCUGAUGGGAUCCUUCCCAAGCCUAUCAUGGAUAUGCUGCUCCUGCUUUACCAUGAAGGUCCCUCUACCAGGGGCAUUUUCAGACGCUCUGCCAAUGCCAAGACUUGCAAGGAACUGAAAGAGAAACUGAACUCUGGCGAUGAUGUCCAGGUGGAUGGAGAGUCAGUCUUCGUGGCUGCAGCAGUCAUCACGGAUUUUCUCCGAAAUAUACCUGACAGUGUUCUAUCCUCAGACAUGCACGGACUGUGGAUGGAAGCUGUGGAUACAGAAAAUCGGGCACAUAAGAUUGAAGCCAUCAAAAGUCUUGUCAAUCAGCUCCCAGAGGCCAACUUCAUUUUGCUCAGACACCUCUUUGGAGUCCUGCAUCACAUUGAGCAGAAUUCGGGCGUGAAUCAGAUGAAUGCCUUUAACCUGGCUCUUUGCAUCGCACCCAACAUGCUGUGGCUACCCAGUCCCACUGGGCCUGAAGAGGAGAGCAGGUCUACAAAGAAGGUGGCCAUGUUAGUGCAGUUCCUGAUUGAAAACUCAGCGGAGAUUUUUGGAGGUGACAUUGCUUCCUUGUUUCAAAGAGCAGACAAAAAGAAGUCCAAAAGCUCAGGGGACUCCCUAGGCAUAGGCUUGACUCAGCAUGAUGAUUCCUCUGAUGAGCUGGAGUUUUCUGCUUGUGACCCAGAGGGACCAAAGCAUCACCUGGAGCCUGAAACAGAUGCCAUUUUUGAACCAUCCAGCAGCUUGUUACUGGAUGAGGAGCAGAAAGACUGGGACUUGUUCAGUGAGAUCACAGCUUGCUACCAAAGCAAAGCUCAGAAGAACGCCAGCGCAGACAGCUACGACCUGGAAGAUGAUGGCUCCUUCUGCUCCAUCGGGUCAAUACGUUCCCUCAGCCCAGCCCGGGAGCGGUGCUCAUCAGAGCCCAGUGUCUGCCUCAGCUCCCAGCUUCCAGCCCAGAGCCACGAGCCAGUGGCCCGUCAGUCCAGCUGUGAUGCCACCAUCAUGCACAGCCACACUGACUACAUCCACCGGCUCAAGCAACUGCAGGUGGAGAGCCAGAAGCUGAUUGACGAAGGUCUAAGCCCUGGAGUCAAUAAGGCCAGGCAGAACCUCUGGCAAUCACCUCAGACCAGCUGUACAGUGAAGAAGCUGAGCCUGCAGAAAUCCAGCCUGUCUAAUAGGUCUAGCUUUUCUAGCUUGUCCUCUACCACCACCUCCCCAUCUGCUUCCUCACUGAGCUCCUUGGACAGUGCUUUCUCUUACUGCUCAGAGUCAUCAGCUAUUAGUCCCACAGAUGUCUCAUCCCUGCCUUUCAUGUUCGGGACAUCUGCCAGGCUCCAUGCUGUGUCCCCCAGGAUUGCCAGGAGGUCCCUAAAAGAAUGGCAUAAGUCCCUGACGUCCCCUUUACCUUCAAACCCCUGUGACCUGGACACUUUCCAUGAGUGUGAGCCCAAGGUUGCUGAGAACAGCCGGUGCUCUGGGGAAGGAAGAAGUUCUGCGUCUGUCAGCAGAGCAGCUGUGGGAAACCUGCUGACUGACAUUGACUGGGAAGAAGAGGAGAGGCAGCUGAGGUGCAUGGGGUCCCCUGGACCAGAGCUAGGGAGCCUGGGUUAUUUCAAGGAGUCUGAACAGGGACCAGAGCAGCCAGCUCCCAGCACAGCUGAUGAGAAAUCUCCAGAGAUCAGCCACCAGCAGCACAGGCAGAAGGUAGUGAAGCACAUUGAGAUCAAAAGCAUUGAUGCCUCCCCUCCAAGUGAGGAAAGCCUGAAACGCACCAAGAUAACUUUUUACAUGGCCCCAAAUAAAGAAAGCUCUUGUGGGUCUCUGGUGGAAGAGGAAAAGGAAAGAUUCCCAGUGAGCACCAGCAGCAGCAACUCAGCCAGCAGCAGCAGUGAGCAAAGCCUGUCCAAGGGCUUACAGACUGUAAGGGUCCACAUUCCCCAGACAGUUUUCUAUGGGCAGAAUACCCCCCUAGUCUUGCAAUCCAUCUCCAGGCGCUACCACCACAGAUCAACCACCCCAUCCCUGCAGACGGAGCAUAAAGCCAGCCCCCACAGUGCCUCCACUCCCCAGGAACCAGAGAGCAAGCCAGUGGAAAAGGCGCAGGCGCCAUCCCAGAGCAAGGGCUUCAACACGUUCAGCCACACUAUCCGCAUCAUCCUCCCAGCUUCCAUCCGAAACACUGUCAGGGAAUAUUUCAAGCAUGAUGAAACCAAGAACUGCCGUGUGACAGAAGCAGAAACAGUGGAGAAUGAACUCCUUCGGAGCAGGGUGGAGUGGCUCAGGAAGCAGCCACCAGCAGAGGUGGCCACAGAGGAGUGCGAUGCGGUGGCACUUGCAGAAGAGACAUUUGUCUAGGGAGGUAUGGGAGAACUGAAUAUUUUGUGUGUGUGUGUUUGUGCAUCAUUAGAAAAUAUUCUGUAAGAUAUGACUAAGGUGUGAAGAAUCUAACAGGCUGCAAGAGGCAGUAAGUGUAAAGUGUAACACUAAUGUGUAAGUAAUGCUGGGGAUUA